AUGGCGGAACACCAGGGGCUUCUGAGGGCUCUCUGUAUUCUCAUGCUGGGCCUGGCGCUAGUGUCCAGUGAAGUGGAGAUGGAGGAGGAUGAGGAGGAGGAUGAAGAGGAAGAUGAAGUGGAAGUUACACAGUCCACUCGCGUCGCAAAGCCCAGGAGGGUUUACUGUCCACAGGACUGCAGCUGCAUGGUGGAUGGCGUGGUGGACUGUGCAGGGGUGGACCUAAAGGAGUUCCCCACUCAGCUGUCCGAGGACACGCGUCAGCUCUCACUACAGAACAACCAAAUUGAAGUGGUGACUGUGGAGGAUCUUUCGGGGCUGCACCAGCUGGAGACGCUAAACCUGCAGAACAACCGGCUGACGUCACAUGGCCUUGAACAUGAGGGAUUUGAGGUGAUGGAACAUUUAAGUUACCUGUACCUGGCCAAUAAUAAGCUCACUACAGCGCCAAGGCACCUACCGCCCUCAUUGGUCAGUGCAGACUUUGCUGCCAAUCAGCUCACCACCAUCUAUCCCUACACGUUUGGCCACAAGCUGGGAUUGAGGUCGGUUUACCUUCACAACAACAAGCUGACAGAUGCUGGCCUCCCUGAGUAUAUGUUCAAUGGCUCUGACAACCUGGAGAUCCUCAUCAUGUCCAGCAACUUUCUGCGAUAUGUGCCUAGGAACCUUCCAAAGGCUCUCUACCGCCUCCACUUGAAGAAUAAUAAACUGGAGAAAAUCCCACAUGGUGCUUUUGACAGUCUGUCCCACUUACGGGAACUGUACCUACAAAACAACCUCCUGAGCAACGAUGGUAUUGACAACGAGACCUUCAGCCAUCUGAACAGGCUUGAAUACCUGGAUCUGUCCAACAACAACCUCAGCAUGGUCCCAAAGGGCCUCCCCCGCAACCUGGUGCUACUUCACCUGGAGAAGAACUCCCUCAGCAGCAUCCCCGCCGAUGCCCUGACCCCCAUACGGAACCUCGAGUACCUGCUGCUGCAUAACAACCAGCUGCGGGCGCGUUCCAUCCACCCGAUGGCCUUCCAUGGCCUGAAGAAGCUGCACACGCUGCACAUGUACAACAACCAGCUAGAGCGUGUCCCUCGUGGGCUUCCCCGGCGUGCCAAGACCCUCAUGCUGCUCCACAACUUCAUCUCCGAGAUCGAGCGCAACGACCUGGCCCUGCUCUACACCCUGACCGAGCUCAACCUGAGCUACAACAAGAUCACCAGUCCCCGUCUGCACAGGGAGGCCUUCCGGAAACUUCGCCUGCUCGAGUCUCUGGACCUCUCAGGAAACAAGCUGCACGCCUUACCCGUCGGACUCCCCAAGAGCCUGCAGGUUCUGAAGGUCAAGGACAACCAGAUGAUUAGCAUCCCUGAAGGAGCGCUGGCCAGCAUGAGCAAGCUGCGUGAGCUGAACCUGAGCAACAACCAGCUGAAACUCAGCUCCAUCUACCAAGGUGCCUGGCAGGAGCUGAUCUCUCUGAUGACCCUGGACCUGUCAGAAAACCAGCUGUCCCACGUUCCUCCUGACCUCCCGGAGUCCCUGGAGUACCUUUACCUGCAGAACAACCGCAUCAGCAGCAUCCACGCCAGUUCCUUUGAGAGCGUGCCCAACAUCAAGAGCAUCUUCCUCAGGUUCAACCGGCUGCCCGCUAAUAUGGUGAAGGAGAGCGCCUUCUCCUACCUGAAGAAUCUGCAGGUGCUGGACAUCGGCCCAGGUUCCAGUAGACCAGAAGAUGAUGGCGAGGAAGAGGAGAUGGAGGAGGAAGAAGAUGAUCAGUAAAAAAAAAAAGUGCAAUGGAUUCUGGAAAAAUGGACAUGAUGUAGAUUCAAAGUGGAAAAAAGUGCAUUAUUCCUUCUAGUGAGCUUGUAUGAAUGCAGAGCUGAAUUAUGGGAUGACACACAGCCCCACAGAGAGAGUGGGUGAGGAACUUGUCAGAUUUCUAUUUGGUGCAGGUUACCAGAUGUCUCUGGCUUUGUGUCUGCUCUUCAGCCUGUGCAUUUCUCUUCUGCUUGCCUCGCUGUUCUUCCACGUUCCACGCCUAACAUGGCAUGAACCCAUCUCAGGGGUCCUUGAACCUACAAGAGUGAGCUGAGAAGCGUGGGUGGAAGGGAUGCUCAGGAUGUAGCUUAUGGGGGAGGGUAUGGAUGAUCAUGAAGGUGGACAGCCCGGUGAGUACUUUUCCUGUACGUCCCCAGAUGUCAAACGCUUUGUCCACGGUGGAUUCAGAGCCUCAGGUGAGUCCAGGCUGAACCCCUCAGUCCAGGAGUUCAGUUGUGGAGCUCUUUCUAAUGUCACUUUUGGAAUGAUCCGCAAGAAAAGGACACGCUCUCAUUGAUCUGUUUGCUCUGUCACUUUGCAAACCAGCAGCCUCUUGUUUCAGCGGGAAAAGUCGCACAUAUUACCAGUGAACUGCCACACUCUGUGUCCGGCCUAUUUUCUUUCCAAAGUAAAAGAGCCCAUACGUAUUUUUUGAUAUCUGAGAAUACUCACACUACAACAGUAAUGCAAUUCUAUGAAAUAAUGUAUUUUGUGUAUUGCACCUUUGCAUUUAUAAAUCAAAUGUAAUACACAGCAAUAAAUUAUUUGGAAAAACAAAACCUUUCUUUCUA